CCGACCGAAGGCGGCAAUAAGUGUAACGACGACAAGGCCGAUUCCUCGAAGCAGCUGAAGAUGUGUCGGCUAUUGAUCUACAAGGGGAAGCGAAAGAUGCUGUUGGCAGAUCUGAUUACCAGACCGCAGCACUCGAUCAUCAACCAAUCCUUCGACUCCCGUCUCCGCAUUGACACUCGCCGCCCCAUCAACGGCGACGGCUUCGGCGUCGGCUACUACACCCAAGACCCCUCCUCCCCCGAUCCCGAAAUCGGCUCAGGCCCAUGUAUCUUUACUGCGAUUACUCCAGCAUGGAAUAAUUUGAACCUUGCACGAUUGGCGGAAAAGACGAAGAGUGCGCUUGUGUUUGCGCAUGUGAGGGCGAGUACGGCGGGGAUUUUAGCGGAGGUGAACUGUCAUCCGUGGAGCUUUGGGAGUUUGAUGUGGAUGCAUAAUGGGAAUAUUGCGGCGUUUCCGAAGAUUAAGAGACGGUUGCAGACGGCGUUACGGGAUCAAUACUUCCUUCACGUCGCCGGAAACACAGACAGUGAAUGGGCCUUCGCGCUCUUCCUAAACUGUCUCCACGACUCAGGACACGACCCAGCAUCCUCCCCAGCCAGCGGCUUUGGCCCCGAAGUCCUCCGGAAAGCUAUGUUGGCUACCGUCGAUCUGUUGAAGGCGUGGACGAAGGAGGCGCAGGAGGGGGAAGACGAGGAUGAGCGAGAACCGAGUAUGAUGAACUUUGCUGUCACGGAUGGCGAGAGCGUGGUUUGUACGCGGUAUAUCACGAGUCGAACGCAGGAAGCUGCCUCCUUAUAUUUCAGUUCUGGGUCCUCGUUCCAUGAGUACAAGCCUGGAGGACAUUACCGUAUGGAACGGCGUGAUCGGGGACAGGAUAUUGUGCUUGUCGCUUCUGAGCCUCUGACGUUCGAGAGAGCGGAUUGGGUUACAGUGCCGAAUAACUCGUGUUUAACAAUCCGGAAUCAGAUGGUGUUGUUACAUCCUAUCAUUGACGAGUAUUACACUGAACCGGCGAUGCCGAGAAGUUCGGAGCACGCGGAGAGUCAUGGGUUACAUGGAGCGGAUGUCAAGGCGCAUAUCGAUGCAGAGCUGGGAUUGGAUUGUGCUGAGAGUCCGUUGAGGACGAGUUUCGUGGCCGUUGUACCGGAGAUUGAUACUCAAGACCUCCCAUGA